UACGAGUAGAUGGGCAAAGAUCCUAGAGCAACAGAAGAAAAAGAAUAAGCUACAUGCCACGACGGCCAGCGAAAGCAGUCGACAGCAGCAACAACAACAACAAUAUGUAGGCUGCAUCAACAAGAGAUUCAGGUGCAGCAACAACAACCAUCACAACCACAAUAACAACAAGCACAAUACAAGAAGCUGUAGCAACCAACAUCAACGAAACACGCAAAGAAACAAGAUACAAAGAAAGAAAUAUAAAUCCAACAAGAGAAAGAGAGGCAACAAAAUUCCGUGUCGAGUCCACUCUAAAUGCAGCACGUGAGCGCUGCCAGUUCGGCACCUUCGGUGGUUUCAGCACCGGUGGUGACCACUGGCGGUGGCACCACCAUCUCCUUGGGCGGACCGCCGCCAUUGCCCGGCAACAAGUCAGAUCAUAAAGAGGACGGCAGCAAGCCGCCGCACGGCAUUGAAAUGUAUAAAGUGAACAUUGAGGAUAUAUCGCAGUUAUUUACAUACCACGAGGUAUUUGGCAAAAUCCACGGCGAUGUGGUGAAUCAUGUGGCGGCGGUGCAUGGCAGCCAGUUGCCACCGCCGCAAUUGCCGCCACCACCGCCAUUACCACCGCAGACGACGCAUUCGGCUAGCGCAGCUGCAGCUGCAGCGGCGGUGUCCACAAAUAAUGCAGCCGUCGCUGCUGUAAUGGCAUCGGCCAAUGCAGCAGCCGCGGCUGCAGCGGCCGCAUCGGCUGCGGCCACGGCCCAGCAGCAACAACAGCAGCAACAGCAACAGCAAGCCCCAGCGACAAGCGCAAAUGCUGGAACCACCCAGCAGGGCAGCGCCACGGUGACCACAACUAGCUCCUCCGGCAGCAACGGGGGGAAUGGGGGCAACAACAAUGCGACGACGACGACGACGGGUGAGUUGCUAAUGCCGAAAAUGGAGGGCGGCAUCCAUGGCGUUGAUGGGCAAUCGAGCGUUGCGUUGGCGCCAGACGGCACGCCUAUAGCAACUGGUACGCAUGUGUGCGAUAUUUGUGGCAAGAUGUUCCAAUUUCGCUAUCAGCUAAUUGUGCACCGUCGCUGCCACAGCGAGCGCAAGCCGUUUAUGUGUCAGGUAUGCGGUCAGGGUUUUACCACAUCGCAGGAUUUGACCAGGCAUGGCAAGAUCCAUAUUGGCGGCCCCAUGUUCACAUGCAUUGUCUGCUUCAAUGUGUUUGCCAAUAAUACGAGUCUGGAGCGCCAUAUGAAACGGCAUUCAACGGACAAGCCAUUCGCCUGCACCAUUUGCCAAAAGACUUUCGCACGCAAAGAGCAUCUGGACAAUCAUUUUCGUUCGCAUACGGGCGAAACACCGUUCCGUUGCCAGUACUGCGCCAAGACGUUUACGCGCAAGGAGCACAUGGUCAAUCAUGUGCGCAAACACACGGGUGAGACGCCACAUCGUUGCGAUAUUUGUAAGAAGUCCUUCACGCGCAAGGAACACUAUGUUAACCACUACAUGUGGCACACUGGUCAAACACCGCAUCAGUGCGAUGUCUGCGGCAAGAAAUACACGCGCAAGGAGCACCUAGCCAACCAUAUGCGCUCCCACACCAACGAGACGCCGUUCCGUUGCGAAAUCUGCGGCAAGAGCUUCAGCCGCAAGGAGCACUUCACCAAUCACAUACUCUGGCAUACAGCAGGCGAGACGCCACAUCGGUGCGACUUCUGCUCCAAGACGUUUACGCGCAAGGAGCAUUUGUUAAAUCACGUGCGCCAGCACACGGGAGAGUCGCCGCAUCGCUGCUCCUACUGCAUGAAGACGUUCACGCGCAAGGAGCAUCUGGUGAAUCAUAUACGCCAGCACACGGGUGAGACACCGUUCAAGUGCACGUACUGCACGAAAGCGUUCACACGCAAAGAUCACAUGGUUAAUCAUGUACGGCAACAUACAGGCGAAUCGCCGCACAAGUGCACAUACUGCACCAAGACGUUUACGCGCAAGGAGCAUUUGACGAAUCAUGUCCGCCAGCAUACGGGCGAUUCGCCGCAUCGUUGCAGCUACUGCAAGAAGACCUUCACCCGCAAGGAACACUUGACGAAUCAUGUGCGCCUGCACACUGGAGAUUCGCCGCACAAAUGCGAAUACUGCCAGAAGACGUUCACGCGCAAGGAGCAUCUCAAUAAUCAUAUGCGCCAGCACUCUAGCGACAAUCCGCAUUGCUGCAACGUGUGCAACAAGCCCUUCACACGCAAGGAGCACUUGAUCAAUCACAUGUCGCGUUGUCACACCGGCGAUCGCCCCUUCACCUGCGAGACAUGCGGCAAAUCGUUCCCCCUCAAGGGCAACCUCCUGUUCCAUCAGCGCAGCCACACCAAGGGCCAGGAGUGCGAGCGUCCAUUCGCCUGCGAGAAGUGCCCCAAGAAUUUCAUAUGCAAAGGUCACUUGGUCUCGCACAUGCGCUCCCAUUCGGGCGAGAAACCGCACGCGUGCACACUGUGCAGCAAGGCUUUCGUCGAGCGCGGCAAUUUGAAGCGCCACAUGAAGAUGAAUCACCCGGAUGCUAUGAUGCCGCCACCACCCGUGCAUCCGCAUCCGCAAAUACCGGCUGGUGUGCUGACCCAAGUCAAGCAGGAAGUGAAACCGAUCAUAAUUCCCCAUCAUUCGGCGACGACCACAAUGCACACCAUACAGCAGAUAACAGCGGGCGCUGCAGCGGCUGGCGCUGGUGCUGUCCAGCUGACGCCCGGCCUGGUGCCGCUCGUCACCAGCACGCUCAUCUCCCAUAAUGCCCAGCAGUCGCAGAAGCAGCAGCAGCAAGUGGCUGCUGCAGUUGCUGCCCAGCAGCAGGCGGCGGCAGCGGCCGCUGCCCAGCAACAGGCAGCCGCGGCGGCUCAACAGCAAGCGGCGGCGGCAGCAGCACACCAGCAGCAUCAGCAACAGGUGGCCGCACAGCAGCAACAACAGCAGCAGCAGGCAGCAGUUGCUGCACACCAGCAGCAGCAACAGCAACUGCAGCAGCAACAACUGUUGCAAUUGUCCAUACAGCAGGCGGCGCAUCAUCAUCAGCAGCAACAGCAGCAUCAACAGCAACAACAGCAGCAGCAGCAGCAGCAGCAGCAACAACAACAACAACAGCAACAGCAGCAGCAGCAACAUCAUCCACAGCAACAAGCGCAUCCACAAGCGCCGCCACAGCAGCAGCAACAGCCACCACCGCAGGUGCCCAUUGCAUUGAUAAGUGAUCCAAGCGCGCUGGCUCGUGCCGCCAUGCAGUUGCAGCAUCUGCCCUCAAAUGUGGAGCAGCAUCCGGUGGUUUACUAACAGUAGCCCCUCCUGCCUGGCUACCCGACGACAGCGGCGGCCACAACAACAGCCACAACACAAUGGUGAAGCACACAAAAUCCGGCGGCCAAUCGAAGCAGCUGAAGGCAACAACGGCUACAACAGCAUACAGCACAGCAAGAUCCCUCACAUCCACAUAAGCAGCUAGUUAUAUUUGUAUAUGUAUAUGUAUAUACGUGUACACAUAUACAUUUAUAGUUUAUAGUUUCUCGCGCUGGUUACGCCUUGAACCCGAUAGAAUGUCUCUCUGUCUAUAUUCAACUCUCUGAUCAGGCGCCCGCUUGCGCAACGUGCAAUACAAGAAAAACAAACAUCUCAUAGUUUCCCUUCAUUGUUCUCUAACCGAUCUUGUUAGGCGCUUAGCGUCUAUAUAUAUAUAUAUAUAUGAUAAAUACUUCUCACGUCCCUGUUACAUUUAUGAAAUGUACGCGUAACAAAGGCACUGAACAUGGCUGUUAGCUGUGCUACCGGCCAAGU